UCAAGUGUGUGACUGACCUGUCUUCCUCCCUCCCGGCUUCCUAGGGUUCCCUUCGUCCACAUUGCCAGUAUCUGUGCUGCUGUGCUGAGUAAAAUAAUGUCCAUCUUCUCUGGAGUGUAUGAGAACCCCUGUGGUUACACAGACAUUCUGACAGUGGGCUGUGCCGUGGGGGUGGGCUGCUGUUUCGGCACUCCUCUAGGAG